AUGUUAGAUUUCGUAAUAGUUUACCAUCCAUUUGUGUCAAUGUAAGUUGUUAUUUCAUUCUUGAAUUUUUCCUGGAUUUUUCUUAAAUUAUAUGACCUAUCUUUUCAGAAACCCAUCUCUCGAAUCAGUGAAUCUUUGGAACACAUUUCCCGACCCUACUUUCAAUGUCCCAAUUCCGGCCCAGGACGGCACCUACAUGGCCGAGACCCUAACCAACGACUUAGACAACAUGGAAUGUAAGUUUUGAUGGUUUUUUUGUAGUUGAGGAUAUUAGGGAACUGUUCGGAUUGUUGUCGCUUGUUUUUUUGGUUGUUCUUCAAUUGAUUAUUUUAUUUUCAGAUGUUGCUCCAAGAUUUUACUGCCCUACCCCAAAUGUUUACUACCCAUUUUUUACUAUGUAAGUUGUUGUUUCACCCUUGGUUUUAGCCUGGUUUUUUCUCAAACUAUAUGGUGUAUAUUUUCAGAAACAUAAACAUCACCUUCAUUUACGCCACAUUCCCCGUUCCAUUUGCAACACUCAUCCUUCCCUCCCACUCGCACCGCACCCCUCCUCCAUUCCACUCCCACCUCACUCCUCCCCCAUCACACUCUCUUCAGAAUGUAAGUUUCGUGGUUUAUUGGUAGUUGGGGGAAAUUACGGAUAGCUUGAGAUUAUUGUCAAUUCUUUUUGAGGGUUCUUGAAUUUAUUCUUUUAAUUUGCAGAGAUCUCCAAGCCCCAUGCAACGGAUAGCUUUAAAAAAGAAAAAAAAAUGA